AGCCGGUUAGAAACAGAGAAGAUAAAGAGAAAAGAAGAGCAGGAGAAACACGAUAAACAAACUUCUGUCAUAGAUACAUACAUCAAGCGGAAAGUUGCUGCGCAGGAUGUGGUUGAUGAUAGACAACAUGUUCUGCAGCCACACUUAGACUUCCAUUCAUAUUGAGCAUCUUCUUUGAGCCUAUUCAGAACGGAUAUAUGCAUACGUUUAAAUAUAAACCUUUUCUCUCAACAAUGUUUAUUCAUUUAUUUAUUUAGUAUCCAUCAGUGAUGUUAAUCCAUCAUUGUGAUUUGUUCUGUAAAUGGCCAUAUAUAAUAUUUAUAUUGACUAAUACUACUGUAUACUAAAUAAAUAAUAUUUAAUUCGACUUUAAAAACUAAACAUCUUAAACAAUUAUUCAAACCACAACAGUCUUCUAAAGUAGGACAUGCAGUCGGGACGCAACAUAUAACUGGCGAUAUAAAUGAAGGACAAUUCCGUAUUUUACAGAACGGGUUGCAGCCAUACUAACAUCAAAAGUAGACUACUACAGUGAAUACCUUUUUUUUUUUUUUUUUUUUUAACCAAAAAUAUGCUACACGGAAGUAAGUCAGCAGUCCUGCAAUAGGUGUUGAUUUAGGUUUCGUUUCCUCAGAAUGAAAAUCUGAGAGCUACUUCCACAGUGUCAUAUUUACUGCGGAAAGCGAGCACGUAAGGGCGUCGGUGCGAGGUGAUUUAUUUACUUUUCUCCGAAAGUCUGUCACAUUAAGCCUUGAAGAAGACGCCCAGGACGGUUACACUGCGGAUGAGAGUGGAUGAGAGUCUUUGUACCGAUCGCAUUAAUGGUCAGGAUUUGUGAUAGUAAAUCAGCUGCAAUGGAUGUUCACAAUGAAUUAAGCAUUAGUGAUUUACAUUUGUGACCAAGGAGCCACGUUGCAAUGGCAGAUCGGGAUGAAAAGAAGUGUCAGGAGGAGGAUCUCUCACUUGACCUCAAGGAUUGGAGUAAGCAUCAUGUGAGACAGUGGGCUCUCAAGUUGGAUGGUGUGGAUGACACGGUUGCUGACAUACUCUUUCAGCAGGACAUUAAUGGGCAUAGUCUUUUGCUUUUAGAUGCAACAGACUUAAAGAAUAUUGGUUUGACUCUUGGACCAGCAAAAAUUAUCAUUCAUGCUAGAGAUGAGGUAGUACAAAUGAAGAAGGAGGAGCCAACAAGCUCUACCAAUCAACCUAGGAAACCAUGCAAACCUUAUCCAUUUUGUAGAUACCAUGAUACAUUCAGAUACAUGGAGAACAGCGUUCUUGAUAUUACAGAGUCAGGUGCCUCAGACAUGAUAGAACCUUGCCAUGAGUACAAAGCUUUCAUCAACACGACAGAAGAAACUGAAAUGAGCAAGUUCACUGCUGAGGUUAUUCGCUUUGCAGCUGCCUGCAUGAAUUGCCGCACUAAUGGCACCAUACACUUUGGAAUAGGGGACAAGCCAGACUUCAUCCAUGGCCAGGUGUUGGGGGUGGUUGUUGGGGACAAAGAGGCUUAUGCAAAUGAACUUAAAUCUGCCAUAAAUCGUUGUUUUGAGCACAAACACAAACAGGCUGCUCAAACAUGCAUCAAACCACCUCGAUUUGUUGAAGUUCUCAACAAGAACAUGAUGUCAUCUGACAAAUGUGUGAUAGAAGUGGACAUAGUUCCUGAUUCAACAGUGUGUGAAGAAAACAUCUACCACACCAACAUGGACACAAAAAAAGGCAAGAAAAAAGCUAAAGUUAAAGAAAUGGAGACACCAUCAAAAUGUUUCUUUAUCCGAGAUGGUGGUAGUAGCAGAGAUCUUCUCGCACCAACCACAUCUGCCAAAUCCAUGAGAGAGUACAACCAGUUUGUUGAGAGUAUGGCACAACGAUCACAACUCCGAAGAGAAGCAGAAGAGAAGCACCUCAGUGUGAUAAGAAGCAGUACUCAAGGCUCUAGAUUAGGUCAGAUGAUAACCGGGGGCUCCUUGUCUUUAGAUAAAUCUCACUUUGAGCAGUAUGUGAUAGUAACUAACAAAUCACAUUCAAGCCAGUUUGAAUCUCUAGGAUUUCUUGUAGAACUCAACCCAAUAGCUGUUUUAGACUUUGAUCCUGAAUCAGCUGAACAUGGAUUGCAUCAUUACAUUGACCAGCAUAGCACAGUAAGUGUCCAUGUACCAGCACAGUAUAAAAUUACUGAAGGAGUUGAGGACAUUGCAAACAAGUUGAAAUUAACUCGAAACACCAGCUGGGUAUUCUGCAAUGGAGGCAUUAAGGAUGAGGCCCCCUCCGACAUUGACCAGUGGUUGAUGGACAAGGGAGCCUCGGUUCGAGAUGUGAUAUCUUUCUUGUGUCGGAAAGAUGUUCUUCCAAACAAGAAAUUCCUUGUCAUUUUCUUACUUUUGUCAAGAGUGAAUGAGAAGAUGGACCCCCUUGUUGAGACGUUUAGUACGUUCUGGCAAGAGCUCAGAGGCACAGAGCAAAUCCUUUGUGUAUGUGACAAUGAAAAAGCGUUUACGUCCUGGAGGGACCUCAUUGAUACUCGGUGUGGAGUUAACAUCUCUGGUAGAUGCAUAUAUGAGCUCAGUUUUGCAGAAGUCAAUGGUACUAUCCUUAGUCUUUGGUCAAAGAACCGCAGAUCCAAACGUUUCCUACCCUGUGGUGGAGGAAGCAACGUGCUUCUUGAGAGGAAAGUGGAGCGUAGCCUCAAUACUUUAGGAGUUCUCUCUGUGAACCAGUGUGAAGGAGGAAAUGAGGACAAAAUUGUCAUAGAGGAGAACUUCUACAAGGGAGGACAAGUGUCAUGGUGGAAUUUCUUUUUCUCUGAGCAGCCUGGAUCUACACCAUUCAUUAAACGAGACAAGUUUGACUACAUAAUGAACACAGUCCUACCAGAUUUGUGCACCCUGAGAAAAGCCUGUGUGUUGCUGAACCUCAUGCAUGUACCUGGAUGUGGUGGGACAACUUUGGCCAUGCACACAUUAUGGGCUCAUCGGGACAGAUUCCGUUGUGCUGUGCUCAAGAACAACAACGCUGACUUUACUGAAGUAGCUGGGCAAGUGGUCAAGCUUUUAAUGUAUGACCACGAGGAGCAGUCAAUAAGAGUCCCUGUUUUGCUGAUGAUAGAUGACUUUGAUGAUAUGGAAAAAGUGUUUGACUUACAGCAGCUCAUUGAAAAAGAAUGUGCAAAAAAUGACGUUCAGUCCAAGACUGCACAAAUAAUUCUCCUAAACUGCAUGAGGUCAGAAUCCCCUGAACUGAUUGAACCAACAACAGAUACUGUGUUCAUUGGGAAUAAUCUCUCUGACAAGGAACAGAAAAUGUUUGAGGAAAAACUUGUAGAAAUAGAGAAAACGCACAGGAAUGCUGAAACAUUCUAUGGUUUCAUGAUUAUGAAGAGGAACUUUAAGUCGGAGUAUAUUGAGGGUGUGGUCCGCAACACUCUGAAGAGCUUCAACAUGAACCAGAAACAUGCACAACUCUUGGCUGUUUUAGUUCUGCUGAAUGUUUACUGCAAGGGUGCCACUCUCUCUGUCUCUCUGUGUGAGGAAUUUCUUGAACUUCAACCAAAACCAUUUUGUGGAACCAUCAAAGUUGAAGAUGGAUUCUUGAAAUUUUCCACUUUAAUUUCCAGGUGCUCAGUGGAGGGAAAUGUGGUAUUCACUGCUGUGAAAAUUAUUCAUUCAAGUAUUGCGAAGCAAUGUUUGCAGGAACUUACAACAACACACAAUGUGAAGAAAGCUGAAAUUACUGACCUUCUACUGACUACAAACAAACUUUAUGAGAGCACACAAGGGAAAGGCAAUCUCCUGCAAGAUGUUCACCACAUUUUGGUGAGGAGAGAUUAUUCUGUAGAAGAGGAAUCCAAGUUCUCUCCGCUCAUUCAAGACAUUGCAAAUGAUACACCUGGACUGGAAGAGAUAGUGCUAAAAAAUGCCUCUAAACGAUUUGACAAAGAUGCCAUUGUCUGUCAGUUACUGGCCAGGUACUAUUACCUGAAAAAGAAAGAUUUCUCAGAGGCAAAAGUCUGGGCAGAGAAAGCAAAAGGCCUUUCCAAAGACAGCUCCUAUAUUGCAGACACAUCAGCACAAGUUAUUAAGCAUGAGCUUAAGUAUUCCAUCGCCAACCACAAAGAACAGCCCAUCAUUUCAGACAAACUGUACAUGUUUCUGAAAAUGGCUCAGUCGGCCAUAGAAGCAUUCAAGGAAACACAGAACCUUGCAAAGAAGGAGUCAAUUCAGAGAUCAAAAAUCAAAACAGAUAACUGCCCUUUCAAUACAGCAGGAUGUCUGGGAGAAAUUCAGGUUGGAGUACUUGUCAUUGAAGUGCUGGAAAAGACCCCUGUGUUUUCCUCUGACGCUGUCCGUCAUGACUUAAUGAGCCAGGUUCUCUCUGGAGAGGUUAAAGUUCAGGAUGUAGAAAGACAAGAUCCCAGACGCACCAAAAACAGACCCUAUUAUGUUAUUCUAAAUCAGUUUGAGGAUCUACUCUGCAGCCUCAAAUAUCGGAUGAAAAAACACUUUGACUUCCUUGACAAUUUUUACGUGAAUCUGGGUUCCAGAUUUGGAAUGAAGGACAGUCGUGAGCAAGUUUCCCAAAAUGAGCUUUUCAGAUGUUUCAGACAGUAUGCAAAGCUUUUUUGCCAGACAGAUUCUGCAUCUCUUUGGAAGAAUAAAAUGCUUCAUAACAAGCUGAAACUACACCAGACAAGACAGUUCCUAGAGAAGAACAAAGCUGAUACUUAUUCUGGGAUUCUCAAUUGUCUCUCAAAUAACAUCUCAACCGAAAUGAUGGAGAAGAUUGCCAGACAGUAUUACUUUCUUUGUGAGCAAAACCCAACUGCAAAGGAGAGAAUCAACUUCAUCUAUGUCAAUGUUGUGUUGAGUUGUAUCAAACUGGAAUCACAACAAAUUCUGCCAUACCAGCAGUUAAUAGAUUUCCUCAUCAAAGUUCAGUCUGAACAAAUUCCACUAGGUGACAAUUUGUCAUGGCUGUUCAUUGCAGUUGUGCUGUUCUGGCCACAGCCAAAUGGGUCAAAAUGGCGAAGUCUGGGAAAGUACAUCUCACAGAUGAAGCACUCUUAUUACACUGAGAUGAACGAAGUGUACAAUGGCAAGAGCCCCAUUGUCCAUUUUCUCCUAGGGAAGAAGCAGGGCUAUGGACAACUGGUACACAUUGGUGAGAUAAAGAAAUGCAUCACAGCUGGGCAGGAGCAGUUUGCCUCCAUGUGGGGGAAUGGCAAAAUAUGGAAAGAGAAGAAGGUGGUGGAGCUCCUUUGUAGGGUCACGGGUGAGGUCAGGGGCAACUUAAUAUUGGCAGAUACUUGCGCAGAUCUGAAGGUCGAAGUCGCUCCAAUGUACCGAAGUCAGAUAAGUGGACAUGGCGAGGGUUCAAAAGUGUCAUUCUUCAUUGGUUUCACGAUGAAAGGCCCUCUUGCCCUUGAUGUUGAACAAAACCUUUGAAGGAAUCUGUUCCAACAUUCUGUGUUUUUAGUUGAUGUCAGCAAAUGAAUCAUACAUAUUCAGUCUUGGGUUACUCCUCAUUGACAAUGCAACUUUUGUCCUCCCAGAUCAAAAAUUACUUUAUACAGCCUGAAAUAUAGUUUGUUAUCAUAUUGUUAUCAUAAAUCACUAUAUAUCGGAAAUGUCUUUGCAGAAUCCGUAGGUUGUAGACAGCAUUUAUAAAACAAUCUGUGAUAUAGAAACAUGCCAGACAGUCAAAUUGGAGGACAAUAUGAACAUUACCAUUUUUUUUAUUGCUGACGUGGCACUGAUGAUCUUUUUUACGUUUUUUCUUUAUUUUUUAUUAAAACGCUGAGACUUGAAUAUAGUUACAUAAUACAUAACAUAAUACAUUUUGCAAAAAAAAUGGUCCUAUAUUGAUACAAUUGACCUGUUUUAAAUAAUGUUUGAACAAUGUUUUAAAAUUUUAAAUGGGUUUUUAAAAGUGAGUGUCUUUUUUGUAUCCAACACUGAAAGGCAGUUCUUUUUUACCUUUAUUGUGUUGUAGUACAAUGCCUUUAUUUUGUUAAAAUAAAAAAGUGUUUGUUUUGUGUUUGCAUUCCACAAGAGACAGUGAUGAACAUUGGACUUUUUUAAUUCUUUUAUUUUGAAAUCAUGAUAACAUUAUUGAUUCAGCUCUUGUUUUUGACCAGAUAUUAAAAGGUUACUCAUUUUGCUCUUCUGUUGUUUUCUUUAUUCAUUGAUGUAUUUGAUGUUUGAAAUUCAAUUAUUUUUACCUUCAUCAUCAUGAAGUACAGUACCUUUGUCAUUUUAUUCAAACAAUGCUGUUUUGCAAUUUAUGAAAAGCUUCAAUGAACAUGAACUGUUUAAAAUCCUUUUACUUUCUAAUAAAGUUUAUUGUAACAAUGCUA